AUGUUAAAAAAAAUGUAAUAGUAAAUUAGUUAACUUUUGAAUGGUGAAAUACUUUAGAUUAAUUAAUAGAGAAGUUAGAUGAUCAUAUUUCGGAUAUUACAAUUAACUUAAUAUUUUUCAAUUAUUAUGCCAUCAUACAAGAAUAAACUUGAUAGUUUUCAUUUGACCUCGCUUAUCACGAUAUUAAAAGCAUCUUUAUUGGAUUAUGAUAAUAUUCCGAUCUUUUUAGGUUAUAUUUCUAGUUUUAUAAGUUUUGCAAUCUUAAUUUACACAUUAAUACUAAGUUGCUUUAACUUAAACUAAAUUGCAAUUGUUAAAAAGGUCAUAUUAAUUUAUAUUGGAUUACUUCCAUAAUAUUUCUGUUAUUUAUAAAUAUCUAUUACAGCACAUACAUUACUUAAAUAUGAAAAUAAUUUAUUUGAAUAAAUGUUAGGAACUAUUACCAUAAUAAUAAUAUUUAUUCAAUCUUUUUUAAGUCUAUUAUUUAUGAGAAAUACUUACUUUAGUUAAACUAUAUUAUGUAGAGAUCUAACAAUAAUAGGUUUGCUCUCUUAAAUUAUGAAGUUUAUGACGAUUUUAUUUUACUUUUAUGAUAUUGAUAAUAUUAAUGCUCUGUAUAUUAUAACUUUAAUAUGUGCCUUAUUGUGGACAAUUUCAGAAGUUGCUGAUAUUUUGUACUAUUUUCCCUAUAGUUUGAGUGACAAUCAAUUUUAAUUUUGUUUAAAUUCAAUUAAGAUUGUAUGUACAAUAAUGAUGAUAUUGGAUGCAUCACUACAAUUUGAAUAAGCAGUUAUAAUUUAUUAAUUAAUCCUGAGUGUAUUAGGAUACUUUGUUAGUCGAUAGGUUUUUCGAGUUUUUCUCUAUAAUAAUUGCUUUAAUCUCUUUUCUUAAGCAAUUUCUAAGGAUUAAUAGUCACUUUACCUAAAAAUUAUUCUAUUCCUCAAAGAACAGUAAAAAGAGUAGGUAAAUAUCUAUCAACCAUUCUUAAGUUGUAACGUGAUGAAUUUGCAUUAAAAAUAUUGCGAAUAGAACUGCUAAGUAAUUAUUUAUUUUAAUAAGGCAUAAGUAUAUACCAAUAUUCUAGAAUGCUUAAUAUCAAAGAUAUUCUAAAAUGAGGAAGAAUCCCUCUUUCUUUAUAAAAUUAGUUAUAUAGCAUUUAUAAAGAAAUAAUAUUCCUUAAGUUUGAUGAAAAUUAAAUAAUAUCAGAUAUUUAAUGGACAUACUUAAAGUUGGUAUUUUAAAUUAAUGGUUCUUGAUAUUACUAAAAACAUAGAAAGAGAAAUUUAAUAGGUUCUUUAUAAUACAAAUAUCACAUAAAAUUGGAAUAAAUAUACUUAUUUGACAUCUAAAGAUUUGGUUGAAUUUGAAGAAUAAGAAAUAGAAUUAAUGCCAUUAAUAGCUCAAUUAAUAAACAAAAAAUUAGAUAUUUGGCAAUCUCAAAUAAGAGGAUUCAAGAAUAUAUACGAUUUACAACAUAAGUUGGUUAAUUUUGCAAAAUUAAUUGAUUAAAUUAGAAAACAGUUAGGUAAUAUAUUUGAAAAAGACAUUAAUAACAUCACUAUUAGUUUAAUCAAUAAUAUAUAUCACCUCAGAAUUUUAUCAUUAUAUUAUUCAUUAAUAAUGAAUGAUUAAUUAAAUAGUUAUUUAUGUGAAAAAUAAAUUUAAAUUGUCUAUUAUUUUGAAUAAACACUUAAAUAAAAUGAAUUAACUUCUUUAGCUUUAAUUACUGACAAAAUAUCAGUGGUUGCAGUAAGUCUAGUAAAAAAAUAAGGUGAAAUUCUGAAUAAGAAUAAAUAAAAAAUAGGAAGUUUGUUUGGAUAUCAUAAAAGCAAUGAAUAUAAUGGAUUAUUAUCAGUUAAUCAAAUUAUACCUGAUUUUAUUAGCAGUAUACAUAAUGAAAUGUUAACAGAAUUUUUAAAAAAAGGAUAAUCUUCUUUUUUUGUUUAAUUUAAAACAGUUUUUGGAAAGAAUAAAGAUUAUUUUAUAAUGCCUUUAUAAUUAAAAUUUUCAAAUGAUUUUAAUUUUGUAGAUGACUUUGUUAUAAAAGGAGUGAUGUAUUAAGGUUAAAAGUAAUAAGAUUUUAUAAUAUUUGAUGAUCAAGGACACAUUUAAGGAAUAACUUAAUAAUUUUAUGAAAUACUAAUAAGAGAUAAUCACAAAGCUUAUAAAAUAGACCAAGAAACAUUAACUAAAUAAAUGUAUAUUUAUUAUUUUAUGCCUGAAAUCUUUAAUAUUAUAUAAGAUUAUUAAUAACAGAAAUAACACAAUUAACUUGUUUAGUUUUUAGAAGAUACUCAAUUUAUAAUAAUAUAAAAUCUAAUGGAAUUUCAUGAAGAUUUUUCAAGAUAAGCUAAAAAGUUUACAAAACACACAAUUACUGAUCCUGCUUUAUAUGCAUCUAGUUAUACUAAUUGUUCUGAGUUAACAAAUAAUAAUAUAAAAACAAUCUUAAGAAGAAGAAUGUUUACAGAAAUCGAUAGAAGUUUAAUAAAUGAAGAAUUUGCCAAGAGUGCUAUUAAAUUUAUCUACAAUAAUGUAAUUUUUAUGAUUAUUUGUAGCUUGACAUAUAUGUCACUUAUUUUAUAAAAUUUUAAUUGUAAUAUUAUCCUAUUUAGAAUGAAAAAGUAAAAGGUUUUUAUAUACUAGAAAUUAUAGAUUAUAGAAAAAAUUAUGAUAAAAAGAUAGGAAGUGAAGCUGUGUUUAAAGAUCUUGAAUCUUAAAUGAAAUAAUCAAUAAAAAUUUAAAGUUAAUUUAUGUAAAGAGUUGAAAAUUAAAUUGAAUUUGAAGAAAUUAAUGUUUGUUAAGUAGUCAAAUCCAAUACAAACACUACUGAUAAUAUAAGAUUAGAAACUAAUGGUAAUUCUAGUAAACGAGUUAUAUUUCUUAAACCUGAAAUUUCAAGUUAAUUAAAUGAUUUUGCAGGAGGAAUGAAUUCUGAAUCUAGUUCUGAAGAAAAAUAAGAAGAUUUUUUUUCACCUCCAUAAUCAAAUAGACUGUAAUUUUGUAAAGAGAAUGAUAGUAUUCAACCUCAUCAAUAAAGUGUUAAAAAUUAAAAACGUAAUAUUAGUGAAAUGGAAAUGGCCAUAAAUUAAAGUUAAUCUAGUGGUAUUUCAAGAUAAUCAAGUAGGACUAAUACAUAUUUUAAUAAUCUUUUUUUAAAGAAAAUCAGAUAUACAAAUAAUAUAAAAGCAAUAAUCUUUAUUUGUAUGUUAACUGUAACAGUUAAUCUAUUUUUAUGCGUAUUUAAUAGUAUAAAGCUAUAUUCUGGAUAUUAGGAUUUUUAAACCAUAACUACAAAUAUGAAAGUUCCUAUGAAUUUAAACAGAUAUUAUUCUAAAACAGCAACUUUAGCUUGGAUUACUACUUGUUCUAAUUAUAGUAUUUUAAAUAUUAGUUAGUUUUAAAAAAAUUAAAAUAAAUAUUAAAUGGAUUUAAUUAAUCAAUAUAUGUUAGGUAAUGUAUCAUUAAUUUAUCCAUCUUUAAUUGAAACUGAAGAGGAGAUUCCAUAUAUUAAUUAAUCUUAAGGAUUAUAUCACUAUGAAGAAGUAAAGCUAACCUAAUUUAUAGAUUACAUGAAUUUUUUCACUAAAUAAAUUUUGGUAAAUCAAGAUAUUAAUACAGAGUAUAUAGAAGCUAUGAUUAUUCUCAGAUAUAAUGUUAAAAAUAUGAGAAAUAUCACAAUUUAAAUUAUGGAUUAAUUAGAAAGGCAAUUUGAAUUAACUCGUGAUUUACAAUAAACAAAUCAAUUUAUCUCUAUUAUUACAAAUUCACUUAUAAUGUUAAUUCUAUAUUGCAUUUAAUUUAUUUUUUGUCUGAAAAUUCAAAUUUAAAACUAAACAAUAACCUUAUUAGUUGGUAGAGUAAAAGAAUAAGAAAUAAUGAAUGAAAUUGUUAAAAUAUAGUAUCUUUUAUAAUCCUUAAAAAAUAUUGCUGGUGAAGAUUCAUGGAAAAGAAUAAAUUUUUGGUCCUACAUCUUCUAAAAUGAUUAUGAUAAUAUAUACAAAGCGAGAUUAAUUCAAAAUAAAUCAAAUAGAACUUCUAAUUUAAAUUCUAGAAUAAAACAUAUAAGAAUUAGAUUUAAAUUUUAAUUAUUAAAGAUAAUCGUCUUCUUAGUUAUAUAUUUGUGCUUUAUUUGGGGAUUAUAUAUAUUAUAUUUAUCUUAAACUGAAUAAAUGACUCCAAUGGUAGAAUUAGAAGCAUAAUAUGUUAAGUUUAGUGUGAAUGUUGAUAUUUUAGUAUUUAGUGGAUUAAUUAUUAAAUCUUAACCUCAAAUAUAUGACAAUUUUAUUAAAAAUAAAAUAUUUUCCGAAAAAUAGAUAAAUUUAUUUGAUGAUGGUAGUCAAAUUAUUGAACUAUUUAGUUCAAUGCAAUAUACAUUUAGUGAAACUAUGAAAUCUUUAUUUAAUGAUGUCAUUUCAACUUUACCAUCAACUAAUGAUGUUAGUACAUUAAAAAAAUUAAUUGAUUCAGAUAUAUGUUUAGUACUUUAUGCUGAAAUUCCAUUUUGUUAAUUUUAUAAUAUUUCUUAAAUUGAAUUUGUUAAUAAAUAUGGAUAGUUUUAUGAAUAUGAUAAUGAUUAAGAUUAUCUCAAGAGUGGAAUUUUAGGAAUCAUGGCCAAAUAGGCAAGCUUUUAUUAAUAAAAUUAUGGAUAUGAAAUUGAUAAUAUUAAGUUUAAUCCAAAUCAAAAUGAAAUAGAUAAUGUUUAUAGAACCAUUGAAUUUCAUCAAAUAAUUUUAUCUCACUUUAAAGAUUCAUAUCUAUGUUUUGUAAGAUUUUUAGAACUUCUUACUAAAAAUAUUUCAGAUAUCAGAUAUUCUGAUUUCAUUAUUUUGUUACUCUAUAUUUACAUUGCAGGAUUACUAUAUUUCAUUUUAUAUAUAAUAUUCCACUAUUUUUGGAUAAAGAAGUCCAAUAAAUACAUAAGAUCUUUAAAACUAAGUUUAGUUGUCAUUCCUAAUGAAUAAUUAUUCAAUAGUAGUAUUAUCAAUAUAUUAAGAAAAUUUGAAUGA